CUGUGUAAACCUUGGACAACAGGUAACGACUGUUGCCUUGGUAUUCUCCUGUGUUGUGCCUUUGUUGCUCCUAGUCAGGGUGUUACACUGUAAACUGUCCUCAGGGAGUUGGUCAAGGUGUUACACUGUAAACUGUCCUCAGGGAGCUGGUGAAGGGUUGAACUGUUCCUCAGGAACCUAGUAAUAUUUUUAGCUUGUUCACUGGGAGUCAAAGACUUGCCAGCGUUCGAAACCCACAGUCCACUGGAAAUGUGUACGGAAGGUAAAGUCUAAUAUCGCAACCAAACAUUUUUUAUGUCAUUUGGAUUUGCCCUGAUUCAAACCUUUUGAGUUUUCUUUGUUUUUUAUCCAUAAGGGAUUUGGCAUGCAACAAACUAAAACAAUCUCCCUUCCCAGAAUAUUACCUUUUUGCCUCAGUGGGUUGUUGUUUUUACCCAGUUUUCCUUGCACGUCCUCUGCACAUUAUUGCCACAUUUUUCCAAAGGAAUUAGACUGGAAGCUUUUCUGAAAUGGAUGAACAUGUGUGUUCUCUGUCAAGCAGGGGUGUUGAGUGUGACACUUGAACCAAGAGGAGAGAACUAAAACCAACCCGUUUGGAAAAAACAAGGACACGGCACCUCCCGUCCCAGGAUUGGACAGGAUUUGACCUCUGAAAUAACAUUUGAGCUCUGAGUUUUUGUAGAGGUCAUCCACGGGUGUAUGCCCUGUGUGCCUGUUACCCCUCCCCUCUUUCCCCACAACCGGCCAAUAGGAUUCUGCUCCUCCUACACAUUCACUUUGACUCUAUAAUAGGUGUUGUAUAGAAUUAAUCCUGGUAUCAUAUGUAUAGGAUGGUACACAACAAUAGGUACACAGAAAGUACACACAAUUGUACAUGCCUUGGCGUUCAAGUCGCUCUGGAUAAGAGCGUCUGCUAAAUGACUUAAAUGUAAAUGUAAAUGUAAGUAACUUCAUUCUCUCUCCUUUUAUUUAUUGUAUUUCUCCCUCUCUUUCCCUCACUCCCUCUGUUGUAGAGAAUUCUCCCAUGCAGUUGUAGUGGAGAGUAAGUCUCCUUAUUGUUGUAUACAUUUUUACAACACUGAGUUAAUACGAUGUAGCUGAUCUGGUCAGUAGUCAGUCUGUGCAGUGUGUUCUGUACUGAAUUGACAAUGCCUUUAGGUGAAACACAGAGCCUCUCAGGAAUAGGAUAUCCAGCAGUUACCUGAGAGAGCCGCAAAAAUAUUUCAAAUGUCUCUAAAAGUCUGCUUUUGUUGUGCCAAGAACUUACCACUAACAUUUGAGGACUUUUGUGGCUUGGAAAAGAUACCUGGAUUUGAGGGGAAACUGCUGGUCACAGUCUCCCACUUGUGAGAGACACUGAGUGAGUAUUAUUUACACAGUGCAUGGCUACUGUAGCUCAUAAAUGUGUUCCAAGGUCCUGUAGCAAAGGAAACAUAGAUAUAAAAGGGUGGAGGAACAUAUUCUGACUGAUAGGAAGUGAAUGGAUUGGAAUUGUGUACCAUUAUCUGAAUCAAUAGUCUAAGGAGUUCCUCCUCUGUUUCAAUCUGCCUUGUGUAUUUUCCAUGACCAAACCACUGGGAAGUGAAGAUCAUGGAACGUAAGAAACAGCAUGCUAUUCUUUUCUCUGCUGGUUGCAUGUUAGAUACAUGUUAGAAACGUAGACACCGUUUGACUGUACUGUACUGUGGAUCUACCCCUGGACUCUGUAUUGUCGUAUUGCACUUUAGUGAAUGUGGGGAGUAUAUAUCCUCCUUACUACUACCCCAUUGUAUCCCCAGCUCUCAUCCUUUCAAGCUUCUCAGUUCCUGUAGCCUGCUCAAUUUCCCUCGUGCUGUUUCAAACUGUCAGCAAAACUCCUGCUUCCUCGUAAGAUGGCCACAGACUAUGGGUCCCUCCUGUUGAUACCCUGGACACGUGCAUAACCUCCCUCUUCAGCCCAAAGGAGUGUAAGUACUACAGGGACUAUACAGUAUUACUGCGAGACUGUCUAUCUGCUGCUGUGGAAUACGUUUCUGACCAGAGGAGUACAUACAGCAACAACUUGACCACUGAGUUUCCUUCAAGAGAAGGGAAGGAAGACUGUGAAUCAGGACACUGUAGAGCUGUGAGUAACCCUGACUGUUAAUAAAAAGUUAGUGGAACAAUGAUCCGGGAAGUGAGGGAAGUCAUCUACUGCUGGAUACAGUUUUUCCUCGUGGAUUUACCUUUACCACAUCAGAUGGAUUACUUUUCACCAUAGAAACAGUGGAACUGGAAAGAAGUACAGAACACCAGGUUCUUAUCAAUACCUAGGUGGUCAUAAACUCACAAAGCACAUAGGAGUUGAGACUACAGCUUCAUCAGCGUAAGACAUUGUAUUUAGCGCCAUGGGAGCGGCGCGUGUUAAGCAACGUUUCAGUGCGGUGGUUGACGGGCUGGUAGAAGAGGAGGAAGUCAUUAAGCUGGCUCUGAGUGUUGCUGACACGGCCAGGGUGGGGGGGAGCACGGGAGGCUCAGGGAGCCCCACCGGUCUCUCUCCCACACACAACCGAAAUGGCAAAGCACUCCCCCUGCAGGGCAACGGCAGCAAUGCACGGAGGCCCAGUGGAGCCCUGGAGGCAGGAGGAGGGGAAGGAUCGAUGAAAGGAGGAGGGCGCUCAGGACUGAGGGGCGGGAGGGGCGGAAGUCUGGGGAGAAGGGGAGAAGGCUGUUCGUCCUUGGACCGAGAUUCAACACUGUCGUCCCCUUCCUCCUCAAGCCGCCGGCCCCCCCGGCGCUCUAGACGCCGGCCCCGCCACCGCUUUGUGGGCAAGGACGGGCGCUGCAACGUCAUCUUCGUCAACAUGAGCGAGAGAGGCCAGCGUUACCUCAGCGACCUCUUCACCACCUGCGUGGACAUCCGCUGGCGUUGGAUGCUAGUCAUCUUCUGCCUCUCCUUCCUCCUCUCUUGGCUGCUCUUUGGCUCCGCCUUCUGGCUCAUUGCCGCUGCACACGGAGACUUCGCCAUCCGCCUCAACCCCAGCUCGGGUGCCUCUUCCGGGGGAGGAGAUGAGUCCGGAGCAGGGGCGGUGGUGGAAGUGGAGGAAACGUGUUUCGUUCAGGUGAACAGCUUUAUGGCGGCCUUCCUGUUCUCCCUGGAGACGCAGACAUCUAUUGGUUACGGCUUCCGCAGCGUGACCGAGGCCUGCCCCCUGGCGGUGAUGGCGGUCGUCUUGCAGUGCAUUGUGGGCUGCAUCAUUGACGCCUUCAUCAUCGGAGCGGUCAUGGCGAAGAUCGCUAAGCCCAAGAAGCGUAACGAGACGCUGUUGUUCUCUGACACUGCAGUGGUGGCGCUGAGAGACGGGAAACUCUGCAUGAUGUGGAGGGUGGGGAACCUACGCAAGAGCCACCUGGUAGAGGCACACGUACGUGCACAGCUAAUGAAGCCGAGGGUGACCCCAGAGGGAGAGUUCCUCCCGCUGGACAACGAGGACAUCAACGUGGGAUUCGACACGGGAACCGACCGCAUCUUCCUGGUUUCCCCGGUAACCAUCGUCCACGAGAUCGACAAUGAGUCGCCGUUUUUCGAGAUGGACCGUCGGACUCUGGAGGGCGACACGGAGUUGGAGGUGGUGGUCAUUCUGGAGGGUAUGGUGGAGGCCACAGCCAUGACCACACAGUGUCGCAGCUCCUACCUCGCCUCCGAGAUCCUCUGGGGUCACCGCUUCGAACCUGUGCUCUUCGAGAGGAAGAACUGUUACCAGGUGGACUACUCGUUCUUCCACCGGACCUAUGAGAUUCCCAGCACACCCUCUUGCAGCGCUAAAGAGUUGGCCGAGCAGAAGUACAUCCAGGGCUCACGCUCCUCCUUCUGCUACGAGAACGAAGUAGCCCUGCAGCUCGUCUCCCCUGACAAUGACCCUGAGGGCAACCCUGGCGGCUGCCCCUCCCCCUGACCCACCGAUCCUCCCUCUCACAACCCACCCACACUAACUAGGGAGGCGACAGGCAGAGGGGACAGGAAGUGACCUAGGAUCCACAGGAAGUCAGGGACAGACAGAGGGAGAGAGAGGCAGAAAGAGAGACAGGCUUCAUAGGGAAAGAGACCAACGUAGAGAAAGGUAAGUAGAAGAUUUAGGGAAAAGGACAACAUUGAGAGACUGAAGUUGAGAGAGUUGUAGAAAGAGAAACAUAAGACACGACAAAGACGCCGAGAGACAAACGGAGAGAGAGAUACUGUAUACUGUCAAACAGAGAGAAAAGGACAGACAGAUAGGACAGAAAAGGAUAGAGAGGGAUAGAAAGAGAGAGAGAAGUGUCAUUGAAAGGGGUAGAUGGGCUGCUGCUACUCUGACUGUGUUAGCUGAUUUGGACAUAGCGAUCUUUCAGAAUCAUUAUGAACCUGUCUGUCUCAGAUCCGUCCCGUCAACCAACCGCUACAUUCACCACUGACUCCAGCACCUAGCUGACCACGCAUACAACACUGACCCCUAUUGGCUUCAGUCCGUACCUGCAGCUCCUGUUCAGUUACAACUCACACUGAAAACAUGGGCGUAAGGUGAAGCUGCCACAAAGACACUGAGCUAUGACCAGUUUAGUGUUUCUGCCCCCUAAUGUUGAAGGUUAGGUUUUGGAGAGGCUAAGCUGAUCCUAGAUCUGUGCCUACGGGUAACUUCUACACCAAAUCUGUUGAUGUUGAAUACUGUGUGAGAGAAUGAGGUAAAACGGUGUAUAUCUACACAUUGAGGGAUGUUUGUUAUGAACUGAAUGAGAAGGCAUUAUUGAUAUGUUUUUGAUUCUGGUCAUUUGUGUUCUGUCAAGGUUUGAGCAGGUCUGUUGUGUUAGACUGAUAUGUAGCAAAAUGGAUACAGAGAAACAGCUGAAAAUAAGCAGUGGUUUUAAGCUGUUUCUUUGACUUUGUACUGUAUGUUGUUAUUCUGUAUUUAUAAUGCAAGACUAUUAUAUAUUUGCUUUAUUUAAUCAAACAUGUUGCUUGUUCAACUGGGUGCAGUGUCAGCACAAAACCAUAUGAGUGCAUAGUCUGGUAACAUGUUAUUGGAAGGUCUACUUCUAAACUUAUGAUUGAUUGUUUAAUAUGGUUAACUAUGGUUAACAAACAAAGGUUUAUAAGUACUUUGUAAGCAGAACUUUGAUUAAAAUGUUACCUUAUGUUAUUUUUUAAAUUCUACAGAACCCAGCUGAAGGGACAAUCUUAUGUUAAUGUUUACCUCUGUCUUGAAUAUGAGAUUCUGUCACCUGAGAUUCUGUGUUCCUCAAACAUUUAACUUUGUAUGAUUUUCCUCAGUAUUUUCUUUAUUUAGUUCAUUUGCUGAAUACUGUAUAUUUGGUAGAAUUUGAAGGGGGAAAUGGAGGGAUGUUAAAGGUAGACUCAGCGAUAUGACGUAGAUGCAGAAAGUAAACAGCAUAGUGGGUCAAUAUCCACAACAACUAAGAGCGUUGAAGUGUGAGGCUCAACUUCUCCGCUGUUUAAAUAAAUAGUGAGGGUAUUCCAUACCGGUAAAACAUGAGCCUAUCACAAUAAUGAAAACAAAAUGUUGCCGAGGCUGAGAUGGAUGGCUGACACUGAGACGCGCGCAGACAGCAGUGGACGCAUACAUUCUGGCCUAAUGACAAUCACCACAAUGUCAUUACACUUGUUGGUGUUUUGUGUAACAGAGGUCUCUUUCCAUCCACCACUGUUUGGAGGCGGGAGACAUGUUGAGACUGGAUGAACAUGUAAAGGAGCCCUUUGAAGUGAUUGUUUGACAAUCAGAUUAAAACAUCAUGACUGGUGGUUUGUGCCACAGUAGAAGGUAAUACAUUUUAAAAGUUAAAUAACAAAUCUUUAGUAUGAGGCCUACAGAGAUCCUAAUGAAUGAAUAGAGAUUCCAUAUGGAAUGAAUGAAUAGAGAUUCCAUAUGGAAUGAAUGAAUAGAGAUUCUAUAUGGAAUUAAUGAAUAGAUUCUAUAUGUAAUGAAUGAAUAGAGAUUCUAUAUGGAAUGAAUGAAUAGAUUCUAUAUGGAAUGAAUGAAUAGAGAUUCUAUAUGUAAUGAAUGAAUAGAUUCUAUAUGUAAUGAAUGAAUAGGGAUUCUAUAUGUAAUGAAUGAAUAGAUUCUAUAUGUAAUGAAUGAAUAGAGAUUAUAUAUGUAAUGAAUGAAUAGAUUCUAUAUAUAAUGAAUGAAUAGAUUAUAUAUAUAAUGAAUGAAUAGAUUCUAUAUUUAAUGAAUGAAUAGAUUCUAUAUGGAAUGAAUGAAUAGAGAUUAUAUAUGUAAUGAAUGAAUAGAUUCUAUAUGUAAUGAAUGAAUAGAGAUUCUAUAUGUAAUGAAUGAAUAGAUUCUAUAUGUAAUGAAUGAAUAGAUUCUAUAUGGAAUGAAUGAAUAGAGAUUCUAUAUGGAAUGAAUGAAUAGAGAUUCUAUAUGGAAUGAAUGAAUAGAGAUUCUAUAUGGAAUGAAUGAAUGGAGAUUCUAUAUGGAAUGAAUGAAUAGAGAUUCUAUAUGGAAUGAAUGAAUAGAGAUUCUAUAUGUAAUGAAUUAAUAUAGAUUCUAUAUGGAAUGAAUGAAUAGAGGUUCUAUAUGGAAUGAAUGAAUAGAGAUUCUAUAUGGAAUGAAUGAAUAGAGAUUCUAUAUGGAAUGAACGAAUAGAGAUUCUAUAUGUAAUGAAUGAAUAUAGAUUCUAUAUGUAAUGAAUGAAUAGAGAUUCUAUAUGUAAUGAAUGAAUAGAUUCUAUAUGUAAUGAAUGAAUAGAUUAUAUAUGUAAUGAAUGAAUAUAGAUUCUAUAUGGAAUGAAUGAAUAUAGAUUCUAUAUGGAAUGAAUUAAUAGAGAUUCUAUAUGGAAUUGUGUGAUCAUGUGAACAUAGGAGGUCCCAUCCCGGGAAGAAAUGACAUCUACUUUCACCCGUGUGUGUGACUCUGAGAGUGAAGUCCUGUAUCUCACUCAUCUCAAUAACUGCAGUGCUGCUCGUGGCAACGUCAUUUAGCUGAGUUUACCUUUAAGGUGACAUUGUUGAAAGUGUCCAGUACUUGGCAGAGCACCCUAAGCUGGGACUGGAAAUGGACCGUAAACCUGUUGGACUGCCAUGACCACUGGAAGCAUGUACUGAGGACCUGAAACGUACAACUGUCACUUCACUGCAGUACAUUUACGUAAGGAAAACCUCCCUGACCACUCCCUACAUCUUCCUGUUCUUACUGUAAGGGCUCACAACUGCACUAGCAAACCACCUGAGGAGGAAUUGAAUUUCUGUGACAUUCUGUUCUCUGAGAGAGGUUCUGUUCAAAGAAUUAGAAUGGAUGACUAAUCCUGAAUUCUAUGAUUCUGCUUUGGCUGGUGUCUGUCUCACACUAUGUGGGAGACUAAUGCAUUGGGCGGUGGCUUCAAAAAGAAGGCUAUGGUGUUAUUCUAUAACUAGCACAUGAUUUGCAAUGUUCAAAUUAGAUGUUUUUACUGCCUGUCUAUUUUGUUGAAUCGUGUAACUCUUCUGAAAGGGAUGGUUUCUGAAAUAUGGAUACUGAUGUUAUUGAGAGAUGAAGAGUUCUAACUUCUAUGCCGUUACUACCACAAUAUUUAGUCACACUUUACAUUAAGUUAAACUAACAUGUGUGGUAUUACCUAAUAACUAAGUCAUUAUUUCAAAUAGAAUCUAUUCACCUUCCUUUUGCAGUUUUACAAUUCAAAAUCAUUGGGUUAUGCACCUUACCAGCAGAUACCAUGCACAAUAUAUCAUGAAUCUACAUGAUACGUAAAGUGUAAAGUGUUGACCAAUUGUCUUGACCACUAGAUGACACAACAGGGCUGUAAUGUUCUACCUACUACAAGGACAGACAACUCUGAAACUUUGACUUGCAUCUUUGCACAGAAGUAAGUUGACACUAUGGACACUACGUACAUACAAAGCACUGUAAAAGCACACAAACGGCUAUUGAAAUGGCAUUUUAAGACGUCACAUACUGUAUAUGGAAAGCAGCACUUCACACACACUGACCUUUUGAACAGGAAACAUGGAUAUUUCACAUUUUAAAGCAGAUUCCAUUAUAUAAUUGACAACCAUAUUGAUUGGUUAUAGUUGGUGUUCUUGACAUUUAUUCAACUUCCGUGUCCUUCCUUAUUUUCCUAUGUCUCAAUGGCUACCAAGUUCUAUUUAUAGGUGAAUGGCCAGUCCCGUCUGGGGGGUAACUUGAACCCUGACCACCAGGACUCUGACCUCAUGACCUCUGCGUUAGUCUUUUUGGAUUACUUGAUGACUUCCUGGUUGGUUGCUUUAUUAGAUUCCAGAAUAAAACUCUGAUGUUGCAGGUUAAGUUAUGUUUGGUAUGUACGUUAGUGGAAUCGGGUUGUUACUAGCUGUGCUCUAUUAUUAUUUUCUACAGAUACCACUGUAUACGUUUCCCAUUCUUCUCUGUUGUAUCACAAAAAAUAAUAAUUUCACUACUGUUUGUGGCAGAAAACACUUCCAUGUGAAAAGAAUGGCACCAUAGAGCAAAUAAAACACAUUGAGUCAA